CACUUUCUAUUUUGGGUUCGGGUGGUCUUUGUUGUUUUUCAUGGCGCUCUGGAUUCCUGGUAGUCCGCAGCUGUUAAACCCCAAUGUUAGGGUUUCUUCGAUCAAUCUCAAUCCUUUCCCUGCUGAAUUAUCUUUCUCAAUUGAACGAAAAUCCAACAAUCUCAGAUUGAUGAACUCCAUCACCUCUACUCGAGCUUCAUCGUCUGAUGUCAACGGUCCUACUACUGCUUCUGCCCCUCAAGUCACUGGUCGAAUAGGCAAAGUAAAGAGAGUAACUAAGGAGACAAAUGUGUCUGUGGAGAUAAACCUGGAUGGUGUGGGCAUUACUGAUAGCAGCACUUCAGUCCCUUUCUUGGAUCAUAUGUUAGAUCAAUUAGCUUCACAUGGUCUGUUUGAUGUACAUGUGAGAGCUACUGGUGAUAUUCAUAUUGAUGAUCAUCACACUAAUGAAGAUGUUGCACUUGCCCUUGGAACGGCUUUGCUGCAAGCCCUUGGUGAUAGAAAAGGAAUUAAUAGAUUUGGUGACUUCUCUGCUCCUCUGGAUGAAGCUCUGAUUCAUGUCUCACUGGAUUUAUCCGGAAGACCCCACUUGAGCUAUGAUCUACAAAUACCGACUGAGAGAGUGGGGACAUAUGACUCCCAGCUCGUGGAGCACUUUUUCCAGUCUUUGGUGAAUACUUCGGGCAUGACACUUCACAUUCGGCAGCUUGCUGGGAAAAAUUCUCACCACAUCAUUGAGGCAACUUUCAAGGCCUUUGCCAGGGCUCUUAGGCAGGCUACAGAGUAUGACCAUCGUCGUGCAGGGACAGUGCCCAGUGGUACCAGAACUAAUCUGUUGCCAAGAGGCUCAAUAGUAUGCAGUAUCUAUGCACUUUGAUUAGGAUUGUCGAUAGAAGAGUAAGUGUCAGUUGUAUUUUUUUGUAUGACCAGUUCAAAAGGGGUUCUUUCGCGUUCGUGAUGACAAAAGCAUCAUAGGAGAUGUACGCAAAAAUAAAUUCCAGUGUGCUUAUCCUCCAAAAGACACUUCAUCAGCGAGCAUCAGCAAACUAAUAAUUUUUUGGAUGUAAAAUUUGUUGAUGAUGGGCGUUUGAAGGCAAAGAAUAUGAUAAAGAAAUCUGUUCAUAUUUUAAGACACACAAUACUUGAUUCUGUUGUAAUCCCAGAAAGUUUUGUAAAUCAGAACAUGUUAAUACAGUUGCACAAUCUUGCUGCUGUACUUGAAACAAUGUAUUUGGUAUGAAACAAGAUGAUUCUUUGAAUUGUCUCUGUUUUGACAUCAAAGGGGAUUUUGAAAUUGUAUUAAGCUACAUUUUCUUAUUGAA